UUCUGCACGGGUAAAUGUCAAUCUAACUGUACUUUGCAUCCCGAGCCACCCAAAGGUGCCUGUAAUAGCUCUCUUGUUUAUUCCGUUCCCCUAUCUAACUACAAGCCAGUAAUUGGAUACUACGAGUCUUGGAGCGAUAGGCUUGCAUGCCACCAAAUGGCACCCCACUAGUGACCUUCCUCUGUCGGAGUUAACUCAUCUUAACUAUGCUUUUGUCUAUAUUGAUCCAGAGUCAUAUGAACUGGUGACAAUGGACUCGCAAACGCCGGAACGACUUUUCUCACUAACAGUUGAGGCAAAAGACUACAACUCAGAGUUGGAAGUGUGGAUCAGUGUAGGGGGUUGGGCCUUUUCUGACAACAACACUGCCACGCAGCCGGUCUUUGGUGACAUUGCAGCCAAAGGAGAGAAUAGACAAAAAUUUGCUGAUAAUGUUGUUCGCUUCCUUGACCAUUAUGGGUUUGAUGGAAUUGAUAUUGAUUGGGAGUAUCCGGGUGCCCCGGAUCGAGGUGGAAAAUUCGAAGACACCAAGAAUUUCGUUGAGUUAAUGAAGACUCUCCGUUCUACUUUUGACAAGUCUCCAAGGAAUCUCGGCUUGACAUUCACAAUACCCUCAUCCUAUUGGUACCUACGGUGGUUUGAUAUGCCUGGAAUGAUGAAGUAUGCCGACUGGACAAACCUGAUGAGUUAUGACCUUCACGGCACCUGGGAUCGCAAUAACGCAAUUGGUAAUCUUGUUCAAGGCCACACAAAUCUGACCGAGAUCAAGCAAGCCGCGGAACUCUUAUGGCGGGUCGGAAUCAAGCCCGAGCAAGUUGCCAUGGGCUUCGGCUUCUAUGGACGUUCGUUCAAGCUUGAGGACCCAGGUUGCAGCAAACGCGGCUGCAGGUUCAAAGGGGACGCAAUGCCUGGUAGUUGCUCAUCAACUAGUGGGAUCAUGAUGUAUUAUGAGAUCCAGGCCCUGUUGGACCAAGGUCGCAAUUUGAAUCCCGUUCAUGAUGAAGAAGCGGCGGUCAACUACCUUGUAUACAACAAGGACCAGUGGGUGUCAUAUGAUAAUGGGACAACCUUUCAACAAAAGCUCGACUGGGCAAAUGAGAUUGGAAUUGGUGGCUCACUCAUCUGGGCAUCUGAUACAGACGAUGACAAGUACACAGCCAUGAGAGGUUUGAUCGGGGAAAGGGUGUCUCACCCUGAUCUCUCUCAGAAGGCAAUAAGAAGCAACUCGAUAACGGUUAUACAAAAUCCCGUUGGCCAAAAUGGUCAAGACUGCAAACUGAUGGACGAUUGUGUUGACCCUGAUAUCAUCAGGUGUCCAGAUGGAUGGCACAAGGCCGGUUGGGACAAGGGAGAUAAAACUUGUGGGUCUGGCGGGAAGCUCAUUUGCUGUCCUGCUUCCACUGCGCCUCGAUCGUGUACCUGGCGUGGGAGUGGAGGUGACUGCAACGGACAAUGUCAUUCCGGUGAAGCCACUUUAUUCAAAUCGUCAUGGGGCGGUGGAUUUAAUGCCGAAAGCAGCACUGCCAAAUGUAGUCGAGGUGCCAAGGUCUUCUGCUGCGACGCUGGAAACUGGAAGCAAGCCACCCAGGGCUGCUACUGGUCCCAUUGCGUUGAUGACUGCAAGAGUGGUGAGAAGGCUGUCUCGGGAACGAAAGAUGGAUGCUUUCUAGGCACAAGUAAAUACUGUUGCCCAUCUGAUACCCCUAUUCAUGACUGCACAUGGAGAGGCAGUAAAUUCGAUUGCGAGGACGCAAAAUGCGAAGGCGAUGAGGUUUCGAUCAGAAACGAUCCACAGGGCAACAGUGGCUGGGCGUGCUCAUAUGCGAAAAAGACGAAUUGCUGCAAGGUGACAAAAGCGCCUCCACCAUCUCUCAAAUGCAAUGUCACUACAUGUGAUAUUGACCCUGGUCUUUGUUCGAUUGCAGCAGAGGGCGGUUAUACCAAGCGGGAUGUGCCAAUACACACCCUUGAGAAGCGAGGCGGAAAGAGAGACUUCAACUGGCCUUUAUACGGCUAUCUUACGAACAAUUUGUAUCAAUUGAUGCGGUCGAGAGCAUAUCCUGGUAGGGAUGCGUAUAUGAGGAAUCUUCGGCAUCGAAUGGCAGGAUUAGCAUCGAGAUGGUGGUAUAUGCGCUCCGAGAGUUGCAGGCGUCCAGAUCUCCGGUCAGCACAUAUUUCAAGUAAUAGGGAGGCUCCGUUUGGUGCUGAAGUCGAACACCCAGUACCAUUGGCGGUCGUAUCUCGGUUCGCCGCAUCUGCCAAUCAUGGUAGACUUUACACCCAAAGACCCAUCAUGGAUCUGGAAAGCCAGAUCCCCCAAGGACCGCAGACGCGUACACCGCGGAUUGGAAAUGAUUUCUGGCAGCGGGUAUGGAAUCAAGCCAACGCGUUGCCAGCCGGUCUACCUCGCAUCUCAGACCAGUCAGAUGAUAUACGUACGCCAUCACAGCGGAUUUACGAAGCGCUUGGUUCGAGUACAAACCCAAGUCACUUCACCCUACUUCAAAAUGGCGUCAAUGCUGUCAAGAAUAGCCUGGAAAUUUUCAAACGUCCAAUGGCUCCGGCUAGGUUUAACAGAGAAAUUGCCUCCGCUCUAGUCGGCGAUGAGAUGGCCAUCAGGACAAUCAUGGCACCACUUCGCGAGGUCAGAUAUUUUCUACAUGGAUCCCCAACGAAGUCUAAAUCACUG